UUGGGCGUGGUUUUGGCUGAUGUGAGGUGGCUGUUGUCGGGCAGAACAAGGGGUCGAGGCUUCAUUUGAGUGUCUGACUAAUUUAUUAGUUUUAACUAUUUUAGAUAUGGAUAUCCACAAGCCGAGGAGCAGCAACCAGACGUCACCUUCCCUGAAGUUGUCCAAUGGUUACAUUCUGCCAGAGGGAAAACUGACUCCCAACGCCCUGUUUGUUGGUGGGAUAGACAUGAAGGUGGAUGAAAAUGAAAUGCGGGACUUCUUUGCGAGAUAUGGUGCUGUUAAGGAAGUAAAAAUUAUCACAUACCGUGGAGGUAUCUGCAAAGGGUAUGGCUUUGUGUACUUCAAUGAAGAUGUCAACAUUCAGUCAAUCAUUGAUCAACAGAUCAGUUUUAAGGGCCGAAAACUGAAGCUGGGCCCUGCCAUCAUGAAAGAAAGGAGCUCCCGGUCUAUGCCAUCCCGUCUGGUUGGCCCAGCUCCUUGGAUGAGCCCCACCCAGUACUUCUACUGUGCUUGCUGCUCACCCGUGGGAGGGAGUAUGGCACAACCUUCGCCCGUACUCAGCAAUAGCAGCCCCUACAAUCAGCCAUACUCCUAUUCCAACUUUGGAGGGGUGAUGAUCCCACAGAUGCCAAUGAACUACGCACAGAACGUCUAUGCCUACCAGUACACUCCACCUCACUGGACGGCGGACCAGAGGACACGGCCUGUCAAUCAGAGCUUUGUGGACUGUGGAGUCCAGACUAUGUUGACUGUGCUGUAGUCCACUGCUACUGAGCCUCCUGCCAGAUAUGGGCUACAGUGAGUCAAAAUGCAGACAGGAUGACACCUUGAUGUUCCGGACGGCUGGAAGCGACCCACCUCCUCAGACUGUUUUCAGUAUUCCCUCUUCUGUCCUUUCUUCCCUCAAUUUCUGAGACCCAUUUUAAAACCAGACUACAGGAGCUCUUGACUUUAACUGUACUAGUUUGAUCACAGUCACUUUGACCACAACUUGUGUGACGCGUCAGCUGUUUUUAACCCACAUGGAUCACUGUAACAAUCACACAGGAAGAGCAAAGCACCCUCAUGGUACCAGCUGAUAAAUGGGCUCACAUCCUUCAGUCUUUUUUGUUUUUCUUUGUUAAUUAUCCCAAACAAAAGAUGGAAAAGACUUUUAAGCUCACCCCUUUUGCCUAUUUAUAUUUUAUGUUUUAUUAUUUAAUUUUGGUAUUAUUUUAAAUGUUUGUUUGGUUUGGGCUUUUUAGCCUCUGUAAGGGCUCUCUGUACAUAAAAGCUAUGUUUAUAUACAUUGUAACAAUGUUUUGACAGCGGUCUGGUUGUUUCAGCAUUGGAGUAUGCUUCUUAAACUCCACUUCAGAUCUAAUACUUGGUACAUGAUUUGAAUUUUCAUUAAUUUACUACAGCAUAAGGGUACUUGGUCAUUAUAUUAAUUUCAAACAUUUAUUUUGCGCUAUAUUUUAUUUCAUUGGGUGUUGGUCGAGGUGGUAAAUGAAAGGCAGUUUUGUCACAUUAUAGCGCCUCAUUGGUAUUACUGAUUUCUUGUCUUGGUCAAACACCAGACUUUUCAAGGUUAGUUGUGGCACAUUGAUCAUCUGUGUGUGUUACACCUCUACGCUGUCCCAUCCUGUGACCACUCUUUCUCAAAUGGUUCCAGGGGUUCACCCUCAAGGACAAUCACGGCAUCAAUUUUGUUUCCCAUUACUCAUAAAUCAACUUAAAUUUGGGAGAAAAAAAGUGGAAAGCAGUUUUAAUCCACUUUGAAAAUGAAGGACAUGAUUUAAAGUAAGGCGCUCUAUUACAUCUGUUUGGGGAAAAUGUUCACUGUACAUGGUUCACUUUAUACUGGUUCAUUGCAACAUUGUGGGUUUUAAUUUAGUCGAGUUGCAGGAAGCAUUUUACUGACAUUGCAUGUGUGACCAAUACUUUUUUUUUUUUUUUUUUUUUUUCAAUAAGUGCACUUGGUAUGUUACAAGUUUAAUUUUAGGAGCAGCUUUGUAUGAUUGGAGAUGCACAUUUGGUGUAUGGUACACAUCACAGAUUUUGUCAUCCUUUGAUCUCACAGUCUCCUGUAUGUAGACAUCUGAUUGUAUUGAUGGGAUUGUUUUGUUCAGAGAACCUAGACACGACACUUGUUAGGUUUUGGUUAUUGUUAGUGUUCAUGUUUUGCAGGGUUUGGAUAUUUCUGUUUGAAAAAUAAAAGUUAAAACUGUUAUCA